AUGGAGCGAUCAAAACCCCAGGCCUUCCAGUCGACGUACGCGCCGCGGCUGCGCGCCUACCACAACUCCCUCCUGACGCCCGUGCUGCCGAGUGCGCCCUCGGGCCCCAUCUCGAGGACCACCAAGCGCGGCACCACCAUCAUCAACUACGCCGAGGAUGGCUUCGACGACCUCGAUGACGAUAGCGACGACCCCCGCCGCCGGCCCACGGGCUUGCGUAGCCUGCGCAAGGAGGACUCGGCCUCGCGCGAGUCCAUGAUCGACCGGGCCGGCAAGGAGACCAGGGAGCCCGUCGACGUCCAGGGCAUCUGGCGCGACUGGAUGGGCAAGCACCGCUUCGUUAAGAGCGACCAGCAGAACGCCGCCCAGGCCAGCCUCCCCCUGACCCUCAUCCCCAUCCGCAUCGACCUCGACGUCCCCCAGUUCAUCCCCGCCGCGCCCUUCCCCCCGCCGAACCCCAACGCUGUGGACAUGUCCAUGCCGCAGUACCGUCAGGGCGAGCUGACGGUCCCCUACAAGCUGCGAGACAUCUUCUGCUGGAACCUGCACGAGACGCUCAUCACUACGGACCAGUUCGCUCAGACCCUCGCCCAGGACCUCGACCUUCCGAACCGCGCCAGCGCCGUCGCGGAAAUCUCCAGGCAGAUCCGCACCCAGCUCGAGGAGUAUGCCGGCGUCGCCCUGCAUCCCCUGUUCCAUACGGAACAGCAGGUCCCUGCGCCACCUCCGCCUACGCAAGCGCAGACUGGCGCCGCGGCCACGCCCGCUGCCGCCCCGACCAACGGCAUCACGGUGAGCACGCCGAGGGCCAGUGCUGUGCUCAAGUCGAGGGAAGACUCCCCCAUGUCCCUGGCGAGAGGUCUGUCGAGGCCCGACACGCCAGCACAGACGGGGGGACCGGCCACGCCGACUCCAGCUCCCAAUGUGACGGCCGAAGCCACACCGAUCCUUCCCGACUCCGACGACUACAACCCCGACGACACGUACCGCUGCGUCGUCAACCUCAACCUCAACCUGGCAUCCAUGCUGUACACGGACAAGUUUGAGUGGUCGCUCCUCCAUCCUCCUGGCACGGCCGAAGCGUUCGCCAAAGUCACCUGCGCCGACCUCGGACUGACGGGCGAAUGGAUUCCGGCCAUGACCCACGCCAUCUACGAGGCCGUUUUGCGCCUCAAGAAGGAGGCCUGCGAAGCCGGCGGCCUGGUUGGCGGCUGGGGUGGCGCGCAGCAGGACCUGCCCAACGACGCGGCCAACGGCGCCGAGUCCGGCUGGAGGUACGACCCCGACCACCUGGCCGACGACUGGGAACCCAAGGUCGAGAUCCUCAGCAAGGAGGAGAUGGAGAAGCGCGAGGGCGACCGCGAGCGCCAGGUCCGUCGCCUGCGCCGCGAGACGGCCCGUUUCAGCUCCACGGCCGGCAUGCUCGGCGGCACGCCCUUUGGCGCGCCCGCCAUCGACUUCGAGGAGGAGCGCAUGGGCCGAGGCGAGCGUUCCAAGAAGAAGCGCCGCUUCCGCAGCCUGAGUCCCCUCGGCCGCGGGGGUACGCCUGGCGGUCGUGGCACGCCCGACGUAGGCGGCUACGGCGGCGGCGGCGCCCUGACCGACGCCGAGAGGACGACGUGGCGAUGUUCUCACUGCCGCGUCUGGGGAACCAGCGUCUGGGCGGUUCGCGACGGGCCUGCCGGCUCAAAAACCCUAUGCGCCAACUGUGGCUACCUGUACGAGCGCGACCGCAGGCUCCCGCGGCAGACCAAGAACCUGCACCUGGCAGACGCCCGGGCUGCCUAA